AUGCCGUUCAAGGAGCGCUCGUUCCCACCAGGUUGGCGUCCUCUGGAUGACAUUGAACACUGGCCGUUCGAGACCGAAGACGGCCUGAGGAUUGCAUGUGAGGAGCUCGGUAUUCGCGUUGACGAUGAUGAAGGUUUCUCCAUGGAUGGUGUCGGGUGCCUGAACAGCUUGAUGGAACACUACGGUCUGCCGAACCGGGAUGCGGGUUCGUGUGCGGUGCACGAUAUGCAAGACGAGAAGGUUUACAAUGAGUUCCUGAGCGAGGCAGAAAAAUCCCGCUACAAUCUCGGCGAGCGUAUGCAUGGAUACUGCAAACAUAUUCUUUAUGUCUUACGCUUCAUUCUCAACUGUCCUCCAGAACUUCCAUUCCGCGAUGCCUUCAAUCUACAGGAAUACCAUGAUGUCUUCGCCCAUUCUUACCCAGCUCAGGCCCUCAAGAACGCCAAAUCUCCGAACGAAGACUGGCGCAAAGUACUAGAUCGGAUCCCACACGACGGCGUCGAAGCAAUCUACUAUUUCCUCCAAGAAGACGAACUGCUGGUCUGCCUCAACUGCUUCCGGUCCAUAUGUUACGGCCAUUCCGCCCGGCCCUGCCAUGGGUGUGGGAACUUGGUCCACACCAGCGGCUGUCAAAAGGAUAUGCCUACAAUCAAGUCCAACAUCGUGCUUUUGCAUCAUCCUAGACCUAAGUCGAGGAAUUGCGCCGUGUGUAGAGAUAAACUGGAGUGGGAGGCAUGGACACGCUCGCGUGCACCGCCACUGUCAGGGGACUACCAGUCAUGCGAAGAGCAGAUGAAGGAAGAGCCUCUCGAGUCGAAACUGGGAAGGAUCAAGUACAGGAGGAUGGGAAAUAUUAUGUACAGAGGUAGUGGGACACUGAUUGAAUAG